AUGGCUUGUUACCUGGUCAUCAGCUCGAGACACCUCAGCAAUGGGCACUACCGGGGCAUUAAAGGAGUCUUCCGAGGGCCCCUCUGCAAGAACGGAUCUCCCUCUCCGGACUUUGCAGAAAAGGAGAAGUCCACAGCAAAGGCCCUGGAAGAUGUCAAGGCAAACUUUUACUGUGAAUUAUGUGACAAGCAGUAUCACAAACACCAGGAGUUUGACAAUCAUAUUAAUUCUUAUGAUCAUGCUCAUAAACAGAGACUGAAGGAAUUAAAACAACGAGAGUUUGCUCGAAAUGUAGCUUCCAAGUCAUGGAAAGAUGAGAAGAAACAAGAAAAAGCACUUAAACGACUCCAUCAGCUGGCUGAGUUAAGACAGCAGUCUGAAUGUGUUUCUGGAAAUGGACCAGCUUACAAAGCCCCCAGGAGAGCCAUAGAAAAGCAAAUCCAGCAGGGAAUUUUCCCAGUUAAGAGUGGCAGAAAGAUAUCCUGCAUAAAGAGUACCCUUCUCCUUAAGGGAAAGAGUAUUCCCAGAAGCACUUCUGACAAACAACGUUUUACCCUGCCAACCCGACACCAGUUACCAUCAGACAGACGCUGUUGGUUUGGCAAUCGGACGCCACACACACCUUCAGAUCUCAGCAAUGCGAAUCACAGGACUGGCAUAUCAUUUUCGUUUUCAAAAAAAGUACACCUAAAGCUAGAAUCUUCAGCACCGGUUUUCAGGGAAAACACAGAAGAAACCCACGAUUGUAAAAAGUCACCUACUUAUAAAACACAACAAACUGUGGAGAAAUGUGAGUACUGCAGGUUUGCAAAGGAGGACGUGCACUUCACUAAGGACAAAGACAGAAGCAUCUCACCAACCCCUCUGGAGAGUGUUUUCCAUGAUACCUUUGCCAGGAGCUCUAAUACUCUGAAAGACAAAAAUGACUGUAUUGAUGAGACACUAGCAGAUUCCAUUGGCAUUCAAGCUUCUUUCUCUAAAUCUAACAUUCAUCUCUCAGAUGAAGAUUUUAAUCCUUCCAGCAGAGAGAAAGAAACUAGAAAUACACUGAAGAACACUUCAGAAAGCCGCCUCCAUCACCCAUGCCAAGAAAGUGUUUCCUUCAGCCCAGCAAACAUUUACAAGCACAGUGAUGCCAGGAUAUUUGAAUGUCUGGAUGACUUUUUGUUACCAGAACUGAGUGAACAAAAGGAUACAGUACAUCAGAAUGGCAAUUCAAGUGUGGAGAACAGAGGACAGUCUUUAAAUGAAGGUGAAAAAAUUAGCACAAACAGUGAAAGAGUUCUAAGAGAAGCAUGUCCCCAUGGUGUGACAUCCAAGCCACUGCCUUUUCUCCAUGUACAAAGCAAGGAUGGCCACACUACUCUUCAGUGGCCUACCGAACUCUUGCUCUUCACAAAAACAGAGCCCUGUAUUUCUUAUGGGUGCAACCCGUUGUAUUUUGAUUUUAAGCUUUCUCGGAACACAAAGGAUACCCAUAAUCCUGACGACUUAGAAACAGAAUUGGGCAAAGAAACCUUGGAAAUGAAGACAAAAAUAGAGAGCCAAGUCUCAGGUUUAGUUACAGACCAACAAAAAUUUAUCCAAGAAGAUAAUCAGUUCCUGAAGCCAAAGAUGAUUGUAGCUAAUGCAGAUUGGGAAAAUUUACAGAGAAAAUAUAAUUUGCGCUACAAUGAUACGGAGUCUAACAAGGGUGAACAUAAUUUUAGUGCAAGUAAUUUGGAAUUGAAAAAUCCUGAAGUGCCUGCUUACCUUGAUAUGUCCCUGAAAGACUGUGUAGGAAAGAAUGAUAACAAUGCCACUGAUAAUGAAUUUAAGGAAUCUUCAAGAUCCCAUUGGCAAAGCUGUGGAGGAGUCAUUCUAAAUGAUGGAAACGAGGACCUAGCCUUUCCUCCCCACAUCUCUAGGACUAAGAAGCAUAAGCUCAUUUCUUGCAACCCUCAUUCAGUGUUUGAAGAGGAAAACCAAUUGACCUGGAAUUCUAGUCCUUGUGUAUUGGGCAGUCACAAUGACCAGGGGAAGGACUUUAGUGUAAUUUGGAAUAGCAACAUCAACAUGGCCCAUAGUGUUUCCGGAUGUGGAGACCAAAGCUACAAGAGAUGUUGUCCCAAGUUAUCUCUGAGGGGACAUUCUAGAACUUUGGAUAAAUCCUUGAGCAGGAUGUCCAGCCUGAGAAAUACUUGUUCGAGUCAUAAGACUAAUAGUAGCAGCAAUGGCGAUCUGCUCUAUUUUUGCAAAAGAGAACACAGCUCAGUGGAGAGCCUCAAGUGGAACCAUGGAAAGCACACCUGUCUCUGUUUGUCCCAUGAGAUGACAAAGAGCAAUGGCCUGCAGUCUGAAAUGCAGAGAGAUAAGAAUUGCAAAUUGUGGGAAUCACUGAAGAAGAGAAAAUCCUUAAAACACAGAUAUUGCCACUGCCAAGAACGAUAUAAACUGGGUAAAAAUCAACCAUUUCCAGGGCUAAAUUCUAUGCGAAUCAUCCACUGUGAUUCCUGCUCACAGGUUUCCUGUGUUGGAAGCAGUGAAAGAUCGCCUGAUUUCCACAGACCUAAGCACAGUAGAUUGGGCUCUUACUCAAGACAGAGGAUUUAUUGCUUAAAUAAAAGCAAGCAAAGUUCAGAAUCCUUGGACAGCUGUUGUGUUUGUGAGCAGAGGAAAGCUGCACACAGGCAGUGUGACUCAGGGACUGUCAGCUGUCUUCUGAGGACCUCUUCCACAGAACCUCCCGGACCCACAGAGCCCACCGUUUCAGGAGAGAGAAGCCCUCUGACAGCCAAAGGCCUUUUAGAAAGAGUACAAGCAAAGAAGUGUCAGGAACAAUCAACAAAUUUUGAGGUAUCUUCACCCACUUGUAAAAAUGAAUCUGGGGAUCAUGCACAAAUCCAGUGCCCAAGUCAACUUGUACCACAAAGUUGUAACAGAUCAACAUUGCUGUUGUCUGACAAAAGCCAACAUACGAGUGAAAGAAAAAACGACAAAGGCAACGCAGUUCCAAGGCCUGCGAAGAAAGACAAACUCAAAAGCUCACAGACCAAUACUUGUACUGUUUUAGCAGAUACCGAAUCGGAUAACCAUCUUUCUAAAGGCGUAGUUCAUGUAACUGCAGAAUCUCAGUCACUAAACAGAAAAAAAUACCCAAAAACAAAAAAGCAAUCAAAAUCUUUAACUAGUGAGGUCCAGGCUUUUAUUCAAAGCCAUGACCCAGUACCAAAUGAUUUCCCGGGUGCUUUUCCAUCUAAUAGAUAUACUGGUGUAACUGAUUCAACAGAGACCAAAGAGGACCAAAUAAAUCUAGACGCACAGGAUGUAAGCAUGCAUAUGAAUCACGCAGAGGGGAAUAUAAACACUUACUAUGACAGAACGGUGCAGAAGCAUGACAAAAUGGAAGAUGAAUUACAAGUGUGUCAUAAAUCUCUCUCGCCCCCUUUAAUUCAACAGCCCAUAACAUUUUCUCCAGAUGAAGUAGAUAAAUAUAAGCUUCUACAGCUACAGGCCCAGCAGCAUAUGCAGAAACAGCUCCUGUCAAAGCAUCUUCGAGUGUUGCCUGCUGCAGGGCCCACUGCCUUCUCUCCGACCUCAGCUGUGCAGACGGUUCCAGUCCACCAGCACGCUUCCAUCACUGCCAUCCACCACACCUUCCUGCAGCACUUUGCUGUGUCUGCUGCCAUUGGUCCCCCCAGCAGUCACCUUCCCAUUGCUCAUCUCCAUCCUCUUGCACAGCCACAUUUCACUCCGAUUUCAUUUUCAGCUCUGACCCCAACCAUCAUCCCUGCACACCCCACUUUCUUAGCAGGCCAUCCCCUGCAUUUAGUUGCCACGGCCCCUUUCCCCCCAUCUCACAUAACACUUCAGCCCCUGCCUCCAGCGGCAUUUAUCCCCACACUGUUUGGCCCUCACUUAAAUCCAGCCACAACGUCUAUCAUCCACUUGAAUCCUUUAAUCCAACCGAUGUUCCCAGGUCAGGAUCUUUUCCAUCAUCCUUAUUCCAGCCAGAUUCAACAGUUAAACGGAGUAAAAGAAGCCUUAAACGUGUCGACCCACUUGAACUAAUAUGUAUGAAACUCCUCUUGAGGAUAAAUACAUUGUCACUACCUAUGAGAUGUUAUAUUUAAAGUAUCUGAUUAUUACAAGGUUUAAAAAAAAUUGUGUCAAUUUAAAAUGAGACCAAUAUAUAAGUAUGAACUAAAUUACCAAUAUGCAAACAGGAUCACUUUACUUCAACUGGUGAAAAUAAUAGGCAAACAUAAAAUAAUUUCAUAGAGGGGUAGAGGAGAAACCGUUAAAGGAUUUUUGGGGAUGAGUUCUCAUGCAAUGUUAAAAAUGAUAAAAGAAAAACAAUCAGGCAGACCACUGAUACUCAAAGAAAAAAUAGAAUGGAAUACCCUAUGUUCUUGGUGUGUGCUGGUGAAUGAGUGAAUGUGGAUUUGAUUUCAUUUGUCAGAUAUUAAUAAAUGUUCAGUAAAAUGAAUCCAUUAUUAAAGAUAAUUUGUAUGGCUGUUCGCUGAACUUUCAAUGUACUAUAUCACUCUGCUUCCAUUAGA